AUGCAUAUCUCAAUCGUCACUCUCGCGGCGCUGGCUGGUAGUGCCACGGCCCAGCUCAUCCUGCCUUUUGGCCCCUACGGCGGUCGAAUCAAAGCGGCGAGCGCUGCAGGCAGCUCCAAUAAGCAUCACCGCAUCGACAUCGGGGCCCAAUCCCAGCGGCCCCUGAGCGGACACAGCGGGUUCUCCGCGACCGACCUUCCAGCCUACAAGCACGGCCAGCACGUCCUCGUCGAGCAGGACGGCGCCGUGUGCCCGUCGUACGGCGAGAAGCAGUGGACCGGCACCAUUGACGUGACCGACACCCGUCGGCUCUUCUUCUGGGCCUUUGAGAGCCGCAACGACCCGGCCAACGACCCCGUCAUCUUCUGGAUGAAUGGCGGGCCGGGCGGCUCGUCCAUGACGGGCGCCUUUACGGAGAUGGGCGCCUGCAUGUUUCGGAACGGCACCAAGGCGCCGGAGCCGAACCCUUGGUCCUGGAACAACAAUGCCACGGUCGUCUUCCUCGACCAGCCCGCCAGCGUCGGAUUCUCUAGCAUUGCCGAGGGCGGGAAGCUUCCCGCUGUGGACAUGGACGGCGCGGAGGACUUUCAAGAGUUUCUCAACAUUUUCUUCCGCGACGUGUUCCCGGCGAAGGCGCACCUGCCCAUCCACAUCGCUGCCGAGUCGUACGGCGGCCAUUACGGCCCAACCUACGUCCAUCAUAUCCUCGAAUCCCGCCGGUACGAUGCGCCGACCGCAUUCUGGGGCAACAUCACGUCCAUGAUCCUGAUUGAUGCCGUGCUCGACUUUGCCGGCCCCACCUUGGGCUCCUACGAGCUGUUUUGCAAAGACGAGCGCGGAGUGGGAAUUCUCACCGAAGAUCAAUGCGAGAAAAUGCUCGCCGCUAUGCCAGCUUAUGAGAAGCUGGCCCGGCAAUGCGAGCAGUCACUCGAUCCCAACGUUUGCGCAGCUGGAGUCGCCUACGCCGACGAGAGCAUUAAUGGCUACUACAACAAGUUGGUGGAGAAGGGAGAGCGCAAUCCUUUUCACAUAUAUCGCCCUUGCCUAACCCCCCCGUUCUGCACAAACCCGUACAUGGGCAACUUUACCGAGUAUCUAAACCGAAAGGAAGUGAAAAAGGCACUCGAGUUUCCCGAUUCAUUCACCUACCACAAUGUCAACCUGGACGUCAACUCGGCCUACACCGAGUCCGGCUCGGCCUGGAUCCCCACCACGCCUCAGGUCGCCGACAUCCUCGACGCCUACAAGACGCCCAAGUUUGUGGACGACGGCAAGAGCAUCGGCGACAUUCGCGUCAUGGCGCUCAACGGUAACUUGGACGCGGGCAUCAACACGCACGGCAACAUUGCCCAGUACGAGCGCAUCAUCUGGAGCCGCAUGGGCGAGUACCGUGUCGCCGACUGGCAGGACCUCAAGGAGGAGGAGGUCAAGGGAACGGGAUCGUGGAAGGGGACGCAGGACGGAAGACUCGUGUUUAUGGCGGUCGAUGAUGCCGGACACAUGGUUCCGGGUGACGCGCCAGAGGCGAGCUACCAUAUUCUUCAGCGAUGGCUGCACAACGGAUGGCGGUGA